AUGCAACCUACCAGCCAUCAAGGACUCUUUCCAGACCGAACGAAAGACCCCGUUUCUACCCAGACCUCCUCUUCCAGCCAGCCGCAUGAAUCACCAGAUCCAAGUCCCGAAGCUCCAUCCCAGCAGUCGUGGAAGCCCCGAUUCGACCGGCGACAAAGCUGGAGCAAUGAAGACCACAAGCAUCAGCUGCAGGAACGGCUCCUUGAUGUGAAGAGUGGCCAGCAAGCCGGGUUCACCGAGACUGGGACCGGACGCUAA